AUGGGGAAGAAACGCAAGAGACCCAUCAAGGAUGGUCCCUUGUCUCACAACGGUAUCACUACAUUUACCCGCCGUUUCAGAACAGCCCCAAUCCCCAGAACCCAUCCUGUUAUUUCCCUGUACUACCAAAAUGUCUUCUCACUACGAGAUUACCUACUCCAGCAACUUCCCGUGACAUCCAAGUCGCGUCGGCGUCGCAUCUUAACGCUAGACUCGCCCCAUACCCAACCAUCGCCAUUGGCACAUCUCCUCGACUCCACUCUGGUCGGUGUGUCCAAGGGCUCAUGUCCGAUAGUCAAUUCCGAGCGCCAAAGGGAGUAUUUAUCGUUUACUCAAUCGCAGUCGCGCUCACUGCUGGUCAGCACUGAUACCGGACCGACUUGUCCGCAGUCGGAGGUGGUUGAUUUUGUGAUUUGGAAAUUGUUCAAUCAAAAUGGCUAUAAUGGCUACCAGAAGCCCCAGCAUUUGCUGGCUCAUGGCUUCCAGCGCCCGGCUAUGGGACAGAAUGCCCUGGAUACUCAUAUCCCCGGCAUUGUGUGCCAAUUCCCGAAUCACAAUGUUGAGACACUCAAGAAUGGCCCAUGGGCGGAUUUGCUUGGCUUGCUGGGUUGUAAUGGGGAAGAAAUCAUGAUGCAGCUUCUCUUCGAUUGCGGAAUAUUUGCCGCCAUCAACGCUCGAAAAGGUGUUUACUACCAGCUCAGCGGUUUACCACUGUCAAACCUCGAGCCUUUAGACGACAAGGGAGAUGGGUCUGCCACAGCACAGAAGCCAACACCGGUCACGGAUCCGAGCAAACCAAAAAAGAACGAGGGCAAACAGAAACUUGACAAUUCGCGCGGUCCAAACAGUAUCGUGUUUCUCCGUCGACGGAUCCUCUAUGGCCGAACUGAGUCCAAAAAGGGAAUCUCCUAUGGAUUAGGACAGACACACGUCCUUAACCGGUUCACAGCGCUGGACUCAACAGCCCAAACAGUCCAUGUGAUGAAAUACAUAUUCCCCCGCCAAUUCCACCUGCAGAACGUGUUCAUACCGGACCCGGAUACUGGCAACACCCCGUAUGAUUUUAAAAGCGGCACAUUUCGCGAAAAAGAAAUAUCCCAGCUAGAGCAUCAGAGACAUCUCCGACGGCGUCAGGCCGAGAACGAAGGAGAUGCAGAUGCAGACGCAGACGCAGAGAGCGAGAGUAUAAAGGUGCCCAAGAGGCUUCGCGGAACGACCGAAAUGAUCCGGAAGAUACGGAACCGCAACGCGCAGUGUUGCUAUGGCGAAUUACUAGGCCAUUAUUGCCCGUCUGAACAAACCGGGCCGAGCAGACUUGGCGCAUUGGCCUCGACCCAAAAAUCCGAGCUUGCGCCUCUCUCGUCCGAGUCAAAUUUAGUAACACAGUUGCAGAGGCCGGAUCGUGCAUCCUGUGCCGAGACGGAGCCGCACCGUGCCACAGGUGCAUCUUGCGAAACGGGGACUCCAAAGGCUCGCAGUUUGACAGACUAUGCGACGCCGCCGUCUGCCGUGUCGGCGUUUUGUAGGGCUGUGUUUCAGAAAUUGAUUCCGAGGCAACUGUUAGGUAUCGGGGUGGAUGGAGCUUCGAACUUCAAGCUUGUUCUGCGACUCGUUGAUCGAUUUAUCAAACUGCGCCGGUUCGAGAGUCUAAGUCUGCAUGAGGUUUGUAAAGGUGUCAAGGUAACAAGCAUUCCUUGGCUGGUGCCACCUCAGGUCCAGACUUCGCGAUCUGAGACAAGAUCGAAAAUCGCCUUAUCUGACUUGCGCAAACGCACUGAGUUGCUCCAUGAGUUCCUCUUUUGGGUCUUCGACUCGCUCCUUAUCCCUCUGAUUCGCUCGCAAUUCUAUGUUACCGAGUCGCAGACGCACCGCAACCGCCUUUUCUAUUUCCGCCACGAUGUGUGGCAGCAGUUGACCGAGCAGCCUUUCGGCGACUUAAAGGCUGCUAUGUUUGAAGAGCUAGAGCCGGAACGGGUCGAGCGUGUGCUGGCCCGUCGCUCUCUAGGCUACGGUGCUCUCCGUUUGCUGCCCAAGUCGACCGGCAUCCGGCCCAUCUUGAAUCUUCGCAAACGGGCAUUGAAGAAAUCGUUAUGGGGGAAAGGACGUGUCUUCCUGGCCCCUAGUAUCAAUUCCAGCAUUACGCCUAUCUACAGCAUGUUGAUGUACGAGCGCCAGCAAGCUCCUGCCAAAUUGGGAUCCACAAUGAUGUCUGUUGGAGAUAUGCAUCACCGGCUUAAGACAUUCAAAGAACAGCUAUUCAACCAAUCGAUUUCGGUACCCAAGCCUGGGCAAUCUAAGCCUGGGAAAUUCAAACUCCCACCCUUGUACUUUGUCAAGGUGGAUAUCCAAGCUUGCUUUGACACUAUCCCCCAGAAGAAGCUGCUCAAUCUUAUCUCAGAGCUGGUCUCCGAAGAUAGCUACCGCAUGUCCAAACAUGUGGAGCUCCAGCCGCCUAUCCCCAAUAUGCAGACCUCAAAGCCGACACGAAGAUUCGUGAGCCGAGCUGCACCCGCAAAGAAACCACAAAAUUUACCAGACUUCAUCAUCAGCGGACCAUUACAGCAAAAAGCCAAUACCGUGUUCGUGGACUCGAUAGCCCAAAAAGAUCAAGACACCGACAGUCUCCUCGAUCUCCUCGACGAGCACGUCCGCAGCAAUCUCGUAAAAAUGGGCAAAAAAUACUUUCGCCAAAAGAACGGCAUCCCACAGGGCUCAGUACUAUCCAGCAUCCUCUGCAACUACUUCUACGCCGAGCUCGAACGCUCCGUCCUCACCUUCAUCGACCCUAAAGUCUCCCUCCUCCUCCGCCUAGUCGACGACUUCCUCCUCAUAACCCCCAACCGCUCAGUCGCCAUGCAAUUCCUCCAAGCAAUGAUAAAUGGCCAACCGACGUACGGCGUCCGCGUCAACGCCUCAAAAAGCAUGACCAACUUCAGCGCCAUAAUAAACAACACCGUCCUCCCGCGCCUCGAAGGCCCUCUCUUCCCCUACUGCGGCAGUCUAAUCUCCACACAGACACUAGAACUCCACCGCGAUCAAGACCGCCUCCUAGACGGCGAACUCGCCGCCUCAGCACUCUCCAACACCCUCACUGUCGACGCAACCCACUCACCAGGCCUAACCUUCCACCGCAAAGUCCUCUCCUCCUUCCGCCUCCAGCUCCACUCCAUGUACAUUGACGACGGACACAACUCGCGCUCUGUCGUCCUGUCAAACCUCUACGCCAGCUUCGUGACUACCGCCAUGAAAAUGUACCACUACAUGAAGUCUCUGGGGCGGGCGCAUCCCAGCGCGGCGAUCAUCACGCGCACGAUCACCGACCUGGUGCUUCAGACGGCUGGGGCUAUCCAGGCGCGGCGGGCGGAUCGGAAUAACUCGUUCUCGUGCUUUGUGCAGGCGAACCAGUUGAGGUUUUUGGCGGCGAGGGCGUUUGGAUUUGUUUUGAGGAGGAAGCAGACGAGGUAUGCGGCUGUUUUGGGUUGGCUAGAGGCAUUGGCUAGACAGGCCCGACCCACUUCGGAUUCCGAGGUGGUCAGGAUGACGCAGGUUGUUAGGAAGGGUAAUCGGUUGUUUGAGGAAUGGAGGUUUUGA